CUCAUCAUACUUAACCUUAUAAACACGUGUGAGUUGAAGCAAUCAAGCAGCGUAGUAACCUGACAAUUUUGUAAGUCAUGAACGUCUUAGAAUUGUUUAAUCGUGAUGGCAAUAAAUAUAUAGAUUUGUUGCAAAGUGUACUUUUGAGUGAAAAAUCACUUAGCAAUGACGCAGAAAAGGAAAUUCGUGUAGAAAAAAAUAUAACGACUACAAUUAACAAUAAGCUUGAACAUGCAGCUACUUUUUUUCAAGGCUUGUACUUGUUUAACAAAUUUGUACCUAAAAUAUCCAAAGAUAAUUUGACAAAGUAUUUUCCACAUUGGAUUUCCAAGCUAAUACAAAAAUUAAAUAAUGCUCAUGACAAGCCAGAAGAAUUGAAAGCAGUGUGCAAGAGCAUUGGUGUCUUGUUAACAAGUUGUAAACAAGAGCCAGACCUUGACAAAAAGAUAUCUUUGUACCAUGUUAAACAAUUGGUUGCCAUCAUUGUUGAACUGUGGGAUAAAAAAACCCAUCUGAGUUUGCUUAAUUUGCUUACUGUUCUUCUGUAUCAAUAUCCAGAAUCAUGCGGACGUUUACAAGCAUCUUUUGGUAAAAUGAUCUCAUCAAGCUUAGACUCUGAAGACAGACAAUUAGUACAAACUUCUGCAAAAUGUUAUGCAUUGUUGAUCAGAGCAAACGAGCGUCAGUUUAUUAAUUCUUAUAAGGAAAGUUAUGUGAUUGCACCAGACAAUAGCAGCGCGAGCUGUCACAUUUAUUAUCAAGUUAAUUUGUGUCACUACUUGCACGAUAUAAUGGAUAAAGUGUUUCAAAAUUUUGUGACUGUUACUACAGAAUUACCAUCCGAACUUCACAAUGCUAAGGAUAAUAAUAUUUUACAUUUACCAGAAAUAUCACAAGAAGACAUAUUUGAUUAUUAUGCUGCCAAUAUAAACAGAUUUGCUAAUGUUUGUACAUUUUUAUCUACUUUGUUAAGAGUUGGCAAUUCAAGAAAAAAAUUUGUGCUUCCAAAUGUAAUAUUGCACGUAGCUUGUCGUGGAUUAUCAAUUACUCCAGCUAAUUUACAUAAAAGCAAUGAGAGCAGAAAAGGCUUAUUACUUUUAAUUCUACCAAAACUAUACAUUAAUCUAUUAAAUUUGUUGGAAACUUUGAUUACCAGUUUUCAACAGGAACUGGUUCCAUUUGCAUUUAACAUUCAAAAACUUAUUUUACAAACUUUGGAAUGGACACAAACUUUCAAUAAUGAAUUUUUCCGAGACAUCCGCGUACAGACCUACAAAUUAUUAUCCACAUGGAUGAGGCAGGCUAGAUCUUUGUCUGGCAUUCAAUUAGUAACAGAUGAAGUACUUAUACACAUGCUCAAAGAUAUUUCGCAGUCAAGUGAUAAAGUUCACAUAUUAAAAGCAAACAAAACUUCAAAACACAAUGCCAGGACACCAGAGAAUCAAAAGGCUAAAAGUGAUGAAGCUAUUGACUCUAGUGAUCGUAACCAGACAGACUCAGUUUUGUGUUUACAAGUACUUUCCACGGUAGAAUGCAUUGUUUCAAACGCAAGUUGUUAUUUGAAGCACUCUUUUUAUGAUAGAAUAAGACGUGCCGUAGUUUUACUUUUGUAUGAUCAGUAUAUAAAAAAAACUGGCAUUCCAUUGAAUAAAAAUAGUUCAAACUACAGAUUACAGCUGUUAAAAACAUUCCGAGUCUUGGAAACAUUUGCAGAAGGCUCCAGUACAACUUCUCAUGCAAUCUUAAUAUUCGAGCUAGCCGCAUCGCAUGAAAGAAACUCGGAAAUCAUCGCAGAAGCGCGCCUAGGUCUAGCAGAACUUCGCCACAUUAUUUAUCCGACCGCACCUUCGCUAAUGCUGCCCCUCGAGCGUACAGAAUCUGCUUUGAUGGAAGAAUCUUCUUUAGUGCAAACUUUACGAUUAGAAGAUUUAGUGUCUUUCAAGCCAAGCCAGCAGGCAGAAUACUCUUCUUCUACAGGAGUAGAAGAUUUAGUCACCGAAACUCUCGAUCAGCCGAUUCUCGAAAAGUCAUACCAAAAGGCUUUAGAAGACAAAGUUGAUACUUUGGUUGAAAGUGAACAAACACAACUUUCAGAAGAUAUUGAAGAACUGGUAAAAACUAACGGACAUUUGAUGUCGGACAAAUGUCUUCGAAGGCCCUUAGGUGAUGAUAAAGUUGACAUUUUAGUGGAUAGUAAACGAACAAAGCUUUCGGAAAAUACUCACGAGUCAACUUGUGAAAGUUCAGAAGAAAAUUCUAAUAAUUGCCAUAAAGACAAGGAAUCAGUUAAAGAUUUCAAUUUUUGUGACGUUACCGAUGUCCCAAGUCCUAAAGCAAGUUUGGAUGCGAAACACAUAGAUAUUGAAGAAGAAGAAAUGUCAUUGACAUUUUGUGAUACAGAAUUGACGACUGGAAAAGCAUUUAUGGAGAUCCAACCAAAUUUGGCCUGGGAUUUUUUUCAGAUGAUUUUGAAUGCCCACAACUAUGACUAA